AAUAUCGACUGUUCUUAGUUCCCUGACAAUAAUGGCGGAGGAUCAGCCCCCACAGCCUGUUAAAGCUGAUACAACCAACAGUACACCGACAGAGGGAUAUGAUAAGAAAUGCAUUUUCUGUAGGAUUGUAAAUAAUGAAAUGGGAACGGAGCUUCUCCACAAUGAUGGAGAUCUUUCCUGUUUCAGGGAUAUUAAACCUGGAGCUCCACAUCAUUAUUUAGUUGUCCCAAAUAAACAUGUUGGAAACUGCAAAUCUCUCAACAAGGAGCAUGUGCCUUUAGUGAAGCAAAUGGUUGAUGUCGGGAAGGAUGUACUACAGAAAAACAGCGUAACAGAUCUCACUGAUGUCAGGUUUGGUUUUCAUUGGCCCCCGUUCUGUUCUGUAACACACUUACACCUUCAUGUCCUGGCACCAGUCAGCCAAAUGGGCUUCAUGUCCCGCCUCAUUUAUAGACUUAACUCCUACUGGUUUGUCACGGCAGAUCAGCUGAUUGAGCUUCUCAACUCUAAAGCAGAGACGAACUGAAGCACCAGGAUCUGUUUUUGUCUUCUCUCUGGAUUUUUUAAUAAAAUAACUUCAAUCAACCUUGCUGGAGCUGACAUGUUUGGUGACAGAGGAGUUAAAAUGUUUUCUGCUUUGGCCAAACUUAAAGGGAAUGUUUUAUUUUAGAUGCCUCUACUACAUCAUAAAGACAUUCAGGGUAACAAAGGAAGGCAAAUAUUUAGUGUUAAAAACACCAAAUAUUUAAAUAUUUAACAUGGUGUUAAAACUCUUUGGUAAUCUGCCAUCUCAGAUAAAGAUAAAACUAUGUCUAUCGACCAAAGAGUAUAAAAGAGAUUUUUUUUUUUUCAUUCCGUAUUUUAGAGUUGAUUUAAUGUUCACUGCAUAACAGCUGAUUUUCAUCAACGGAAUUUCACUUUUAAAAUUUGAAGCUGAAAUCGGUCAAUUUUCUGUCAUGUUUGAAAACUUUUAUUGUGAAGAUCAGGUUUGUGAACAAAACUAAAUUGCAACUUUAUAAAGCAUUAAUCUAAGACAAGUAUUCCUUGUGUUGUCAAUGUUUAAUUAUAAUAUUACUUUAAACAUUCAAUAUAAAAUGCACUGGAAUGGAUUUAAGGUUCAUGUGAUAUUUUAAUGACUGCAAUUUGUAAAUGUUAAUGAUUAUUUAAAAAUAAGCUUAUAGGCCAUGUGCGAUUAUUGAACUUGGGCUUUUUAAAACCUGCUUUACCUCAAACUA